AUGAAUUCCUUGAUCUCCGAGAUGAUGACGAAGAAGCGUGCGGCGUUGAAGGGCGGCUCGCGGGUUGUUGCCCCUCGAUGUCCGACGGCAGCGUCCUAUGAGCCCUUGAUUCAUAACUACUCCAACUUCAAGCGGAGCUCGUGCCCGGAGAGGGUCAUGUUCUACGACGGCGGAUCGUGGGUCGAUUACCCGAUUGAAGUGGUGGAGGUGAUGAGAUUAGGGUUUUUACAGGGUAAGCCGGCGAUUGAGGCCCAAGCUCUCGGGUCGAAUUGCUUCUUUGACUUCUAUCGGAUGCUGGAAAUUGACUUGUACAGCGGAAAUCAGCGGUCGAUUGCUUGGAUUGAUACCGAGGCUAAGUGUUUCUUCCCCAAAUUCUUCGUGAAUAGCUAUGAGAAGGAUGACGAGAAUGAAUUGCUGGAUAACUGUGAAAAGCUCCCGAAAAUUCAGAUAGAAAUCAGAGUUACUACAAAUUCAGGAAGUUCCAAGGAUUUGAAGAGGACUAAAGCUGUGAAAUCAAGUAAGAGGAAGAGAGAGGGGGAUGUGGAGAAUGUCAAAUUGGAGGAGAGUUUUUCCAGCUCUAAUGUGAAGAGGCAGCUUCAUGGGAGCGAAUCACAGUCGGCUAGGUGGCCCAAGACUAGGAUUAUGGCGCCUGAGCAGAAAGGUUAUUCAAUACUUAAGAAUUUGUUUCUUUCGGGAUUGUCUGCCGUUGAGCCUGGUGCGACCGUUACCUCUAUCCACCAAUGUGUGAGGCUGGAGCCCUUGGAUAAGGCACGACAUGAGGUUUUCUUGAAGCAAUUGGAGAUUACAAAGAAAGCUAGAGGGCAAAGUAACAUGGUUUUUGCAUGGUAUGGCACGUCGGCCAAGGGUGUAGAGAGCAUCUUGAAGCAUGGUUUUGGAGUACCUAGUGUGGUAUCUUGUUCUGAAGGUCAUGGCAUUGGGGUUCACUUGUCUCCAAUUAGAUCUCCUGAAAAUAGUGCAACGCUGUCAGAUAUUGACGAGAACGGUGAGAAGCAUGUCGUUUUAUGCAGAGUCAUAUUGGGGAAAUGCGAGGAAGUUGAAGCAGGAUCUCAGCAGUCAUAUCCUUCGAGUAUGGAUUAUGAUACUGGUGUUGAUGACUUGAAAAACCCUAGGUUGUAUACAGUGUGGCAUGCCAACAUGAACACUCAUAUUAUGCCGGAGUGUGUGCUCAGCUACAGGCCUGUAAAGUCGCCGGGGUCAGUGAAGCCUAAUGCAAAUAGGAUUAUCCUCCCAUCUGUAUUUAUUGCGAAAUUAUUCUCCAAUCUGAAAGAUUCUUGUCCUCUUCCCCAGCUUAAAGAGUUGCAAACUUUAUGGGUAUCAUUUAAGGAAGGAAAGUUGGGUAGAAAUGCGUUCAUGAAGCAAUUAAGGGCAGUUGUUGGGGAUGACGUCUUGCGCUCUACAAUUCAAGAACUUCGUGGCUGA